AUGGACUGCGAUACCUCGAUGUCGGGGCUAAGUACCCCCAUCAAGAAAAUCAGAAACCUCUCGUUGUCUAGUCCCAAGCCUCCAAGUCCCGUACGGUACCCCAGUAUGAGUGACUUCCCUAUUAAGUCAGACUUCACUAUCAGUCCCAAACUAGCCAACUCCAAUUAUGGUCAUUCCAAUUUUUCUUCCUUCAACGACUAUGUUCACGUUGAUGAAAUCAAUUCUGACCCCAUUUUCCAAAAUAUGGUUGAUAAGGGCUACUCUCGAACCAUCAGCAACAAGGUGCUUCAAGAAUUGGACUCCAGAGCUAAUGAAAUCUCGUCCCGAAUGGUUCCCACGCCCCUGAUGGCGACCAUGUCCGCACAAAAGAAGAAGAAACGAUACUCGGGCAUUCACAGGCCGCUUUUCUCCAAGAUGGACUCCAUCUCAUCACAUUAUGCUGCCUCUCGGUCCCAUGGUGACUCUUCACCAGCUAAAGACUUCCUCUCGAGUGCUACAAAGAAGAGAAGGACGCUCAAUGGACCCGAAGAGAUUUUUGGGUCUGAGAAAGAGAAUGAAUCUCCAUCUAGAAAAGUUGCAGGUCGUCCAGACUCGUUGCAACCUUCGACUCAACGGCUCUCUCCACAACGUUCACAUUCUCCACAACUCACUCACUCUCUACAACAUUCACACUCUCCACAGACAUCGCAGAUCCCUGUUUUUGGCCAAAAUGUUCGUCUGCACCAAGCAACUCCAGUGUUGGGCGCAGCUCCUUCUUUAGCUGCUCCAACUCGUGCCAAUCCUGCCAAUCUGCUUCAUUCGUCUCCAAUAAGGCAAGACAAUUCACCAACACGUAUUCCGUUUCCGAGUCUGACUCUGGUGUCGCCUUCAAAAUUUAACAAGAUCUCGCCAUCCAAGGGUUCCAUGAACUUGAACCUGUUAUUGCAAGGCGAUGACAAUUUUGUGAAACCUGCGCCCAAAAUCCGCCAGUCGUCAUUGCAGAUGGCCGGGGUAUACCAGAAUGAUGGCUCAACGUUGCAGAAGAAGCCCUCCAUUGCUUCUCUCCAGAAAAAACCGUCCAUUCCGUCAUUACAAAAGAAACUGUCCAUUCCCUCACUACAGAAGAAGCCAUCGAGCUCCACGCUUCAGAAAAAGCCAAGUAUACCAACUUUUGGCUCUGGCAUUGGAUCCACUUAUACUGGCACUUUGACUUCCUCUACUGUAAUGGACGCCUCACCCUCAAUUCCUUCUCUCCAGAAGAAGCCUUCGGUUCCCUCUUUUGGAAAAACACCGUUAACCAAAAAACCUUCAUCUCAGUCGUUGCGCACUCUCAACAAGAAAUCUUCAACAUCCACUUUGAACAAGGUGACGGUGCCGCAGCCUUUCUCGCUUUAUGACCGACCAACGAUUUCAUCCUCGCAGAAGAGCUUGAGCUCGUGUACUUCGUCGACGAGCCAUCGCUCGCUUAAUACCCUUCAGAACCUGGCCAGUCAAAGGUCGCUCAAUAGGUUUCAGAAAUUCAAGAGCCGGUUUUCUUGA